AUGACCACUGUUUGCCUCAUGCAUUGAUCAGGCUGUUGAUUGUGGCCUGUGGAAUGUUGUCCCAUUUACUGUAUAUUGCCGAGAACUUGGACACGCUGUAGUACAGGUAGAUCCAGAGCAUCCCAAACAUGCUCAGUGGGUGACAUGUCUGGUGAGUAUGCAGGCCAGGGAAGAACUGGGAAACUUCUUGUAUGACCUCUUAAACACUAUAUUAGGCCCAGCCUUUGGAGCUGUAGUUUUCCUAGAUAUGGCUACUAUAUUGUGAUCACUACAUCCGAUGGAUCUGGAUACUGCUUUCAAGCACAUUUCUGCAGCAUUAGUGAAGAUGUGAUCAAUACAUGUUGAUGAUUUAAUUCCUGUGCUGUUUGUAACUACCCUGGUAGGUUGACUGAUAACUUGAACCAGGUUGCAGGCACUAGUCACAGUUUGAAUAUUUUCUUGUGUGGGCAGCUUGAUAAAAGCCAGUUAAUAUUUAAAUCACCAGAAAAUAUAUCUCUCUGUUGAUUUCACAUACCUUAACAAGCAUUUCACACAUGUCAUCCAGAUACUGACUGUUAGCACUUGGUGGUCUAUAGCAGCUUCCCACAAGAAUGUGCUUUAGGUUAGGCAGAUGAACCUGUAGCCAUAUUCCUUCAAAGUAUUUAACAUGAGAUCUAUAUAAACAGCAACACCUCCACCAUUGGCAUUUCUGUCUUUUCUGUCAAUGAUAUAACCUUGUAUUGCUACCACUGUAUCAUCAAAGGUAUUAUCUAUUAUAAGUGAGUUUCAGAGAUAGUCAGAGUAUGAAUGUCAUCUGUUACUAGCAAAUGAUUGAUUUCGUUAACAUUGUUUCUUAAGCUACAUAUGUUAGCAUGUGCUAUUUGGAGCUCUUUUCUUGGAUGCUUACUAUUUGUCAUUGCUUUACUGGGAAGUUUAGCAGAAGUAGAUAUGCUCAUGUUAUUUAUGUUAGUGCAGGUUGAGGUGCAAACCGUGGACAUCCUACAAGGGCACACCACCUCAGUGCUAACAGUAUAAAUCUGGUUCAUAGGCACAUGAUUACUGCAUACAAUAGCUGAAUGAUCAGCAGAGGCAUUCAGGGCAGUUAGAUGGACAUCAAUUAGGUUACUUACAUUGUGUCUACCAAUGCCCCUGGUAUAUUGUACAUUUGUUGAAGCUCAGCGUCACAAUGGUAGAGUGUUACAUACGCCUCUUGGAGGGAACGCAACACCCUGCUACAUCUCACCUCCCCAUGGAGUGAAAAAGUAUGUGAUUGUAGGUGCGAGGAAGGAUGACAGAGGCAGAGAAAAAUACAGUUUACAGGGAAUUUAUUUAUUAUUUAUUAUUCCUUAACACAGUAAAGUGGGGAAAGGGAGCUAGGCUUGGGUCAUUGAUGAAUCAUUGUCUCAACACAUCCUUUUGAUGCUGUGAAAGGAUCCAGGAACUCAAAUGAUUUGGGUGGACUUGGGUCUCCUUAUAAAAAAUGUUUUUUUCCAAAAGGUAUCAAAAUUGUCAACAAAAGUUACACCCAUUGAGUUGCAAUAAUCACAUAGCCAGUUGUGAAGAGAAAUAAUCCUGCUAAAGCAUUCAAUGCCAGGAUUCAGAGAGGGCACAGGGACAUAUAUGAUGGGUCUUUUAUUAGUGUCUAGCAGAGAGUCAAUCAGCUCUUUAAAAUCCAGUUUCAACUGUUCAGAGCUGCCCUUCAUAAUGUCAUUAAACCCCACAUGGACUACGAUAGAAUCAAUUUCCAUGUCCAGACUUAAGACAUUCGGGAGCAGCUUAGUAAUGUAAUUUACUCAAGCUCCGGGAUAGGACAUUGUAGACUCAGGCUUGGCAGAGCCUACCCCCUGCACUUUAUCUGUGAGCUGUUGGCUAGAGCGCACUGUGGGAAGACCAGAGUAGGCUAUACACAUUUGCUAUUUAACGCAAAAGUUUUUGUGAAAAACUAUUGAGAGUUGAAAAUGUGAUGGAACCACAUUGAACUUUAGAUUUGGCCUACAAAUGAAUAUAACACCUCUAUGGAAAGAUGAGACUCAUGAACAGGAUGGUGUUCUCCGUUUUGCUCAACAACCCCUUGUCUGAUAGUAGCCCAUACAAAUGAAUGGAAGUAUGGAGGUAGUUUUGUGCCAAAAAGUUAAGGAGUGUCCAAAAAAACAAAAAUAUUUCCUGAGCUCUCUUUUAUCUCCUAGAUAUAGGACAGACCCUUCAAAACCUUAUUCCUUAUGAUUUAUUUUUUGACUGUCUUUUUUGCCAUUCAUGAAUGUGUUAUUCAUUGCUUUCUAUGGGCUAUAGUAGUAAAGGCCAAAUUCUAUUUUAUCAACAACAAAACAUAUACAGUUGAAGUUGGAAGUUUACAUACACGUUAGCCAAAUACAUUUAAACUCAGUUUUUCACAAUUCCGGACUUUUAAUCCUAGUAAAAAGUCACUGUUUUAGGUCACUUAGGAUCACCACUUUAUUUUAAGAAUGUGAAAUGUUAGAAUAAUAGUAUUAUUUAUUUCAGCUUUAUUUAUUUAAUCACAUUCCCAGUGUGUCAGAAGUUUACAUACACUCAAUUAGUAUUUGGUAGCAUUGCCUUUAAAUUGUUUAACUUGGGUCAAACGUUUCGGGUAGACUUCCACAAUAAGUUGGGUGCAUUUUGGCCCAUUCCUCCUGACAGAGCUGGUGUUACUGAAUCAUGUUUGUAGGCCUCCUUGCUUGCACACGCUUUUUCAGUUCUGCCCACAAAUGUUCUAUGGGAUUGAGGUCAGGGCUUUGUGAUGGCCACCUCAAUACCUUGACUUGGUUGUCCUUAAGCCAUUUUGCCACAACUUCGGAAGUAUGCUUGGGGUCGUUGUCCAAUUGGAAGACUCAUUUACGACCAAGCUUUAACUUCCUGACUGAUGUCUUGAGCUGUUGCUUCAAUAUAUCCACAUAAUUUUCCUCCCUCAUGAUGCCAUCUAUUUUGUGAAGUGCACCAGUCCCUCCUGCAGCAAAGCACCCCCACAAAAUCAUGCUGCCACCCCCGUGCUUCACGGUUGGAUGGUGUUCUUCGGCUUGCAAGCAUCCCCAUUUUCCCAUUUACUUUUGUACCUGUUUCCUCCAGCAUCUUCACAAGGUCCUUUGCUGUUGUUCUGGGAUUGAUUUGCACUUUUCGCACCAAAGUACGUUCAUCUCUAGGAGACAGAACGCGUCUCCUUCCUGAGCGGUUUAUACUUGCGUACUAUUGUUUGUACAGAUGAACGUGGUACCUUCAGGCUUUUGGAAAUUGCUCCCAAGGAUGAACCAGACUUGUGGAGGUCUACAAUUGUUUUUCUGAGGUCUUGGCUGAUUUCUAUUGAUUUUCCCAUGAUGUCAAGCAAAGAGGGACUGAGUUUGAAGGUAGGCCUUGAAAUACAUCCACAGGUGCACCUCCAAUUGACUCAAAUGAUGUCAAUUAGCCUAUCAGAAGCUUCUAAAACCAUGACAUAAUUUCUGGAAUUUUCCAAGCUGUUUAAAGGCACAGUCAACGUAGUAUAUGUAAACUUCUGACCCACUGGAAUUGUGAUACAGUGAAUUGUAAGUGAAAAAAUCUGUCUGAAAACAAUUGUUGGAAAAAUUACUUGUGUCAUGCACAAAGUAGACAUCCUAACCGACUUGCCAAAACUAUAGUUUGUUAACAAGACAUUUGUGGAGUGGUUGAAUAACAAGUUUUAAUGGCGCCAACCUAAUUGUAUUUAAACUUCUGACUUCAACUGUAUAUAUAUACUGUAUAUUUGAUAGCCAUACCUAAAAUGUAACAUCUAAUAGCUAAAUGAUCCAUGGUAUGACCAUCUUAAAACAAUUCCAAAUGUUAGUUUAGUAGAACUUAAUAUCACGGAAACACAUGUGAACCAUUUUAUGACAUCUGAUUUGUUUUUCUGUUUUGUUCUUCUUUCCUUACCCUCUUUUAUCUUCCUGCUCAGGGAGGAUAGUCUGAUAUGUUUGAAGUACAUAGCCUACUUAAGGCUAUAGGCCCUUCAAAAUCAACUCUGAACCUCGAAGCCAGUUCUACCUGCGUUCUUUCAUUGUUCCCUUCUAAUCAGGGACUUAUUUCGACCUGGGACACCAGGUGGGUGCAAUUAAUUAUUAGGUACAACAUACCUCAUAGGGUAAGAGUUGAACACCCCUGCUAUAAAUAACUUCAUAUCAGAUGAAUUACUGUAUAGACUACCGGCUCAGCCUAGAUUAUGGCUGUAUAACAUGAGAAUUGAGAAAGUUGGACACCCCGCACGCCUCAGGUUAUAGCAGGCGAAUGAACUCCCUCGCUCACUGUCACAUCCACUCUGCGCGAACGAGGUACUUGGCCGGUGCGCGCCUGUAGGAAGCCAGUCGACAUUUGUAACGGCUCUUGAACCUACAUUCUGCGGUCAACUUACCCUGCAGACUUAUAUUUUUCACUUUGAAAUAAAGCUCCAUUCAUAAACAUCAAACUGGACUCUCGGCGGAUAGUUAUUUACUCCUGUUGACUUUCGUGUCAACUUUCCCGCACCGUUUCUUGGGACAUGGGUGCGAGGCGCGAUGUGCCAACUUUUCUGGCUCUAUCCACAUUUAUAUUCAUUGCAACAUGUGAGCCAAUGGAUAAGCAAGAUAUGCAAGUCAUUGACAUGCUAACCCUGGACUCCAAGACCAGUGUGUCUGCGGUGGAGAAGGUGACAGGUGCCAUGAGUGUGCUCAGUGACAUCUACAUCGUGUCCACAUUCCGCCUGCCUCCCAAGAUGGGAGGGGUGCUGCUGGGCCUCUACAGCAAAGAGGAGAACAAGAAGUACCUGGAGCUGGCCAUCAUGGGAAAGAUCAAUAAAGCUCUGGUGCGUUACGUGAGGGAGGAUGGCAAAAUUCACACAGUGAACCUCCAGAGCGCAAACCUGGCUGAUGGUCGCACACACUCCAUUAUUCUCCGGGUUGGAGGCCUGCGCAGAGACAACCUACACCUGGAGCUCUACGUCAAUUGUCGAUUGGCUGACUCCAGCCAGGGCCUCCCUCCAUUGGUCCCUUUCUCUGCGGAGAAGGUGGAGAUUCGUAAUGGCUUCAAGGCCUACGCACGGCUACAGGGCGCUGUGGAGUCCCUCAAAAUGGCUCUAGGGGGCAGUGUGGCCAAAGCAGGUGCCCUGACAGACUGUCCAUUCCAGGGGGAUUCAUCAGUCUACAACACAGUCGGUGCGACUGCAGAAGUGAACUCCAUUCUAGGUGACCACACUAAGGCUCUGAUUGGUCAGCUAAUCAUCUUUAACCAGAUCCUAGGAGAGCUGCGAGAGGACAUCAGAGAGCAGGUGAAGGAGAUGUCCCUGAUUAGGAACACCAUUCUGGAGUGCCAAGUGUGUGGCUUCCACGACCCUCGUUCCCCCUGCUCCCCCAACCCCUGUUUUAAGGGUGUGUCCUGCAUGGAGACCUUUGACUACCCAGGGUACCGCUGUGGUCCCUGCCCAGAGGGCAUGAUGGGCAACGGAACCCACUGCCAGGACAUUGACGAGUGUUCCAUAGCCCAGCCCUGCUACUCUCCAGGUGCGUGUAUAAACACAGUGAAGGGUUUCAGCUGUGAGCUCUGCCCCCCUGGUCUCUGGGGCCCACCCGUCUUUGGGGUCGGACUGGAGUACGCCAAGCACCACAAGCAGGAGUGUGUAGACAUCGAUGAGUGUAUUGAAGUUGCCAACGCCUGUGUGCCCCACUCCAUGUGUACCAACACCAUCGGCUCGUUCAGGUGUGGUGGCUGUAAGGUGGGUUACCUGGGGAACCAGACAGUGGGCUGCGUGCCCCGUAGGUCCUGUGCCACACUCAGCUUUAACCCCUGUGAUGCCAACGCCCACUGCAUUAUAGAGAGGAACGGAGAGGUGUCCUGUGCGUGCAACAUUGGCUGGGCCGGUAAUGGGAACACUUGUGGCACAGAUACAGACAUUGAUGGAUACCCAGACCGCUCUCUACCCUGUAUGGACAAUGACAAGCACUGUAAACAGGACAACUGUGUUUACACACCCAACUCAGGCCAGGAGGACGCAGACAACGAUGGCAUCGGAGACCAGUGUGACGAGGACGCAGAUGGGGACGGCAUCAAGAAUGUGGAGGAUAACUGUCGACUAGAACCCAACAAAGAUCAGCAGAACUCAGACACAGACUCUUUCGGUGACGCCUGUGACAACUGUCCCAAUGUCCCUAACAUUGACCAGAAGGAUACGGACAGCAACGGGCAAGGAGACGCCUGUGACAAUGACAUAGAUGGAGAUGGUAUCCCCAACGUGCUGGACAACUGCCCCAAGGUCCCCAACCCCAUGCAGACAGACAGGGACGGAGACGGAGUAGGAGACGCCUGUGACAGCUGCCCUGAGAUCAGCAACCCCAUGCAGACGGACAUUGACAAUGACCUGGUGGGGGAUGUGUGUGACACUGACCAGGACACGGAUGGGGACGGUCACCAGGACUCCAGGGACAACUGCCCUGACCAUCCCAACAGCUCCCAGCUGGACUCGGACAACGAUGGCCUUGGGGAUGACUGUGACGAUGACGAUGACAAUGACGGGAUCCCAGACAUUCAAGACAACUGCAGACUUAUCACCAACCCCAACCAGAAAGAUUCUAACAGUAACGGGGUGGGCGACGUGUGUGAGAACGACUUUGACAACGAUUCAGUCUGGGAUCUGAUUGAUGUGUGCCCUGAGAGUUCAGAGGUCACACUGACAGACUUCAGAGCCUAUCAGACAGUCAUUCUGGAUCCAGAGGGCGAUGCCCAGAUCGAUCCCAAUUGGGUGGUGCUCAAUCAGGGCAUGGAAAUAGUUCAGACCAUGAACAGUGAUCCUGGUUUAGCUGUGGGCUACACAGCGUUCAAUGGGGUGGACUUUGAGGGCACCUUUCACAUCAACACGGUGACGGAUGACGACUAUGCAGGCUUCAUCUUCGGCUACCAGGACUCCUCUUCCUUCUACGUGGUGAUGUGGAAACAGACAGAGCAGACCUACUGGCAGUCGACACCCUUCAGGGCCAUGGCCCAACCUGGCCUGCAGCUCAAAGCAGUGAAGUCCCGUACAGGGCCUGGUGAGUACCUGCGUAAUGCCCUGUGGCACACAGGGGACACCAACGAGGAGGUGAAGCUGCUGUGGUCGGACCCACGGAAUGUGGGCUGGAGAGACAAGACGUCUUACCGCUGGCAGCUCAGCCACAGGCCCCAGGUGGGAUACAUCAGGGUGAAGUUAUAUGAGGGGACGGAGAUUGUGGCUGACUCUGGCGUGGUGAUUGACACUACCAUGAGAGGCGGACGACUGGGGGUCUUCUGUUUCUCCCAAGAGAACAUCAUCUGGUCCAACCUGCGCUACCGCUGCAACGACACUGUUCCAGACGACUUCAACCCAUAUCGCAAACAGGUCCUGCUGCACAUCAAGGUGUGAGAUGAUUCGAGGAUGUGUGAGUGCUGAGGCAUAUAGAUGAGUAACCUGUCCAGCACUGUCUAUCUACACAAAAUCAGUCACACACACAUUCACAGACACACACUCUUACUGCCUCUCAGUACAGACUUCCAACUGCUGUUAAAAUGUUUGUGACUGUGUCUGCCCAUGAGUGAAAGGGGAGGGGUUUCAGAGUUGUGGUAAAGGAAGAAGAAAAACCAAUUUACAACAUUGUUAUUAUACCAGACUGGAAAAGCAAAAAGGUACCAGAGACUUUGGAAGAAAGUAUACAUGAUAAUUCAUGUAUGUAGGACUGUGUUACUUUUAGGUUCGAGUUGCUGUUCUUGCCCUCAAUUUCACUGUAUGAGCGGUGGUUGUGUGAAUGACAGCGGUUAACCGUUGAGUUUGACUGUUACGUUAGGUGUGAGUGCUGUUGUUGCUUUGUGUUUUUGUAUUUACAGCUAUUAUAGGAAUACAUGGAUUCCAUUUUGUGUUUUAAGACCGAACAGUUAAAGGAUGUGUUUUUCCAUCUCAUAUCUAACUGUAAAAUAAAAACCAUAAGCUAACGUUACAGGGAUGAUGGGAAUUUGAUAAAUACUGUACAUCCUCUGGAUAUGAAACUCCUGGUAACUCUGUCAUGAUCAGAUAAUGUCAUCUCAGCAGCAAAAUACAGAUCUGUCACAAGAGACUGUAGACUUGCAGUUAUUUAGCCAUAUUACGUUAAGCCUUUAAUAGUGGAAUUAUGUCCCUAUUUUGAAUAAAUGUGGAUCUCUGUAGAUUCUAGUGUAUACUUUCCUGGACAUCUGAGUUUGUGCCCAGUAAUUGAAUAUGAAAUGAAGCCUUAUUGGAAGUGUUUCUAUGAAUGAAGUCAUCUUUAACUGAUUCAUUAAACAGAAGCAUAAACAAAAAACAACACAAUCUUUGUCCACAAAAAAGAAUAAACAAUUGAAUUUCUUAAAAAUA